GAGGAAUCAAAGAUGAACUUGGAGCAGGAGAGGCCUUUUGUCUGCAGUGCCCCAGGCUGCUCACAGCGUUUUCCAACAGAGGAUCAUCUGAUGAUUCACAGGCACAAACAUGAAAUGACUUUGAAGUUUCCUUCAAUAAAAACAGAUAAUAUGUUAUCAGAUCAGACUCCUACACCAACACGCUUUCUGAAGAACUGUGAGGAAGUGGGCCUCUUCAAUGACAUAGAUUGCUCUCUAGAGCACGAGUUUAGGAAGGUGCAAGAAGAAGAGAACAGCAAAAGGACUAAGACUUGCUGCAUGGAAAUCUUACAGUUCAGAAGUCUUCCAAAAAUAUUUUUGGUCGUGUUAGUUUCUCUGGACUCUGAA